AUGGACGAGAAUUCGCGAGAUCGAGGCCCAGGUGGCAACGCCAGCAAAAAGCACGGAUUCAGUACGGGCAGGCACAAGGCCAAGCAAGGCUCGGCGGAAUGGGCGAAGAAGAGAACGAGAAGCAUUCAGCGCAUGAUGUCCCGCAAUAAUGAGAUUCCCGCGAAUCUGCGCAACGAAAUGGAGCGCGAACUAGCUGCUCACAAGAACACCAUCUCCGACAAGAGCUUUCAAAGGCGAAGAAGCGCCAUGAUUUCGAAAUACCACAUGGUCAGGUUUUUUGAGCGUAAAAAGGCUGAGCGUCUGGUCAAACAACUGAAGCGCGAGCUCGAAGCGGCGACCGACGACGAAGAGCGCAGCAAAAUCCAAGCUAACCUACACAUGGCCCAAGUCGACGAGGCAUACACAAUACAUCAUCCCCACGCCGAAGUCUACAUCAGCCUGUACGGCUCUGCGAAGAAGGAGGGUGACGAAGCCGAGGGCGGCGAGGGGGAGAAGAAGGUCCCGGCCGCAAAGGCCACGUUGGCGGCGGAGCGCCCGCCCAUGUGGAAGGUCGUGGAAAGGGCCAUGGAGGAAGGGCCUGAGGCGCUGAAACAACUUCGAGAGCGGCGGUCAGCGACAGGCGACGAUGACGCGAGCGCGAGCCAGCCCCGAUCGCACGCCGCCAAAACGCCGCCGCAGAAGGAGAGGAUGGCCAAGGUCAUUGCCAAGCAGGCGCAGCGCAAUAAUGCAGGCAAGGCGACUGGCGAUGGCAAGACGGAGUCGGCGGCAGGUGGUGCGCAGCAGAGCGGCGCCAAGACGGACGGGUUGAAUCGCAGGGAGCGUCGCCGUCUCAUGCGCGAGGCCAUGGCUUCUACCGAGAAGGAGGAUGAGGAUGAUGGGUUCUUUGAGAUGUAG